AUGGAGGCUGCGCCAGAGGCUGCAGAAGAACCAGAGGUGGGAGCAAUGAGCCACGAAGACGCUGUGCAGAAAGUCACAAAGAAGGCCAGGAUGAGGGGAGCUGUCUCUGACAAGCCGGACUUGGAAGCCGUGAGCAUUGGCAACAUCCAGCAGAUGGGGAGGGCGGAUCCAGUCCGGGCUGUAUCACAACUCGCACAGCAUUCUGGUCUAAUCAGGAAAGAACCACGUAGUACUCAAGCUCUGCGUGCGAUUGGAGGCCAGCAAACUCGGCUAAGACCAAAAGGCACCACAAGUGCAUGGGCCGAGACUUCUCCAGUACCGACAAUACCACCUCUUAGAGUCUUGGACUUCACUGAAGACUUCGAGACGGAUCAUGCAGCGUCGCCCGCACACACCACCUUGCUCCCCAACCUUUCAAUACCUUACGGUGUUUCCAAAGGGUAUGCGCAGCUGACGGAAGCGCAAUCUCCACCGAAUCUGGCACAACUGAUAGCUUCGGAGAAGUCAUUUCCCGGUCUAGCUUCCCCCCAGUCUCUAGAAGCCAGCAGGUCGCUCACAGACCUCCACAGCAACAAAAGCCCCACCACUCCGGUCAUCACGCGCAAACCAGCUCCGCCGGUUUUGGCAGCCUUUAACCCCAAAGACCAGUGGCUCCAAAAAGCUUACAAGAGUCAGGGCCUCCUUCCAGUUCUGCCCCAGAGCUCUCCGCUCAAUGAAGCUGGUGCGCGGCCUAAGCUUCCAAACACAGAUCAGCCGGAUGAAAGAGACUUGGAAUUGACGACGUCCGCGCACGCUCACCGUAGGAACGAGACCUGGUUGGACGUGACAUCAGCGAGCUCCCGGCUUGGCGCGUACGCCAAUGCCGAUGGCGGAGACCUUCAAAAGUCGGGUCGGAGGUCCGCGAAUGACGUCACUCGCAGUAGCAAGGAGGAAACAGCAUUGAGUGGGGAAACACGGCCGAGGCCAACAACCGUUCUGGGAGCCCCUCGACCACGCCUGUCCCAGCGCAGAACGCCGGACCAAACAGAAUCUCAAAACCUGAAGCCUGGGAGGCGGAGGAGCGAGUCAAAACUAGAGGCAGACGAGAAGCUCGCGAGCUCGUCGCUGGAGAAGGAUCUGCUGGAAGGGUUCCUGGCGCCAGAGAAUCUGCAGAUGUACGGGUUAGGAAAAGAUGAGUGCUACCGGCUGUUUAGGGCACUCAGAGUGUACAGUCUGGGGUUUCAAGAGGUGGUACUCGAGUUGCUGCAGCAUUUGGCGGACCGGAAGGAGGUCAUGCUGCACGUCUGGCGGGUCUUCGCAAAGCUAUGGGAUACGGCGACGUUCACACGUUUCGAAAGUGAAGUGAUAUCCAUUGCUAAUGAAAGGGACCGGUUACGGGGCCAGAACACAGAUCUAGAGCAAAAACUAAAGGAGACCAAUAGCGAGCUUAAGGUCUUCAAAGAAGCACAAGGCAAGCUGAUGGCGCAAGCGAUCCAGCGCGCCAUGGAGGGCCGUACGACUGACGAGAUCCUGAGGGAGGCAAUGCUGGAAGCGGAGGAGACACGUGGCAAGCUCGCAGUGGCAGAGUCCCGGGCACUGUACGAGGCGAAAGGAAAAGCCGAGGCCCAGGACAGGGUGACGAGCGCGUUGACAGCGUUGAUGGAAGAGCAGGAAGCGCGGGCCGGCGACCAAGCUGCUUCGGACGCGCGUAUCGUGUCGCUCGAAGCGGACUUCGCCCGCGCGAUCCAGGACAAGGAACUCUGUCUCACCUCUUUGGUCGAGCUCGAGAGAGCGUUCGCCUCAGAGAAGGCCGACCUGAAGGCGGCCGCGAGGGCCGCCGACGACGAGCGCGCGCGCGUCGAGGAGGAGGCGCGCGCGCACAAGGGGGCCGCGGAGGAGGCGCUCGCGCGCAUCCCGGCGCUGGAGGCGAGAGAAAAGGAUCUUCAAAGAGCGAAAGUGCUGCUGCAAGGCGACCUUCUGGCAAAGCGCGAGCAGCAUGAGGGGGAAAAAGAGCGCGCGGCCGCGCUCGCGCAGCAACUAGCGGUGACAGAAAUCCAAAGCGACCUUCUCGCGAAGCGCGAGCAGUAUGAGGCGGAGAAGGAGCGCGCGGCCGCGCUCGCGCAGCAACUAGCGGUGACGGAAGAGAACCUGCGGUUCAUGGCGCACCAGAUCGACGAGCUUCGGGCCAGCGUUGCGGACGGUCGGACGAAGCUCGAGGAGAGCGUCCGAAAGAUUGCGGACAAGGACGCGGAGCUCGAGGAGAAGACGGAGAUAGAUACAGAAGAAAGGCGGAAAGAGCAUGAGGCUGCCGUGAAGGAGAUCGAGGAUAAGUGGGCGACUGCCAGGGAGUGCGAGAUGGCGCAGCGCGUCAAGAAGAAACGGUACAAGAACAAGCUGGUCGACGCCGAGAAGGAGCUGGACAAGUGGCGCGCGGACAUCGCGACAGCGGACCAGAUGUACCAGGCCGGCCAGGCGGUGCUAGAGAAGGUGGCGGUGCUCCAGGGACUCGUGGACGAGGCGGCGCUUAGAGAGAAACAGGGACAGGUUGACGAGGCGGCGUUGAGAGAGAACCAGCUUUGCGACGAAAAGGCGGCGCUAGAAGAGGCCUUGCAGAGGGCGGAGGCCGCCGUGGCUGACGGGAAACACGAGCUGGAACUCCAAAAGCAGCGGUCCGACGAGGCCUUGCGGCAGGUUCUGCUCACGGCGGCGGCGGAAAAGGAAGAGUACACGCGGAAAGCGGAAGACAACCACGCGGCCGCGAUGCAGGAUAUCAAGAUCCUGGACACACGCGCGCGCGCGCUGGAGAAGCAAGUCGCGUCGCGCGACGAGCAGAUCAAGGGCCUCCAGCGCGACCUGCGCCGCAACGAGAACGCGACCAAAGUCUUGGUGCGCGAGAAAGAGCUGCUCGCGUGCAAAAUGACGGAGACGCAGGUCCAGUUCGAGGAAGAAAAGAAGGCUCGGGAAGAGGCGUGGGAAACUAGAUUGGGCGAGGUUUCCAGCCGGCUGGCGGAAACGACGGAGGGCUUGGAAAAGACGAGGGCGGAGCUGGAGGAAAUGAGAAGAGCGGGGCAGGAGAGAGAAGAACUAGGCAGGCGGGAAAGGGAGGAGUUGGUGAAGGCCAAGGGUGAUGGCGCGGCGGAAGUGGGGCGGCUGAAGGAGAGAGUGCGCGUUUUGGAAGAAGCGUUGGAGAAGAGACAGGAAGAGCUCAAGGCCGCCCAGCGGGACGCCAUCGAGCUGGAGGCGAGCAUGAGCGUCAUGCUCGAGAAACUAGAGGCGGAGAAAAGUGAGCUGAGCAAAGGCGCGCCGGCCGCGCGCGCGGACGAAGGAGAGCACAGUAGGUUUGGGGAGGAGAGCCGCGAGAGGGUACGGGAACUAGAGGCGGCGCUAAAGGGGGCUCAAAGAGAGGCGGAGCACAGGCUUGAGUGGAUGCAGAAACUCCUUGACAUGCUUUACGAGUCCCACUCCGAAGGGGCGGAUCGCCGGAGUUCCUCCGCAGGAAAGACCCCCCGCUCGCGGGAAAGAGACCAAACUGUCGACAGCGUGAUUUGUGGCGUCGUUCUAACGAUCGAUGAGGAGUCAACAGUCGACGGAGUAGUGGACAGAGUCGUUUUCGACGUCGAAGAUGAAGUAGCGCACGGGAAGCUUGGGAGACGGCCGACGAUAAAGAGAACGGCAUCUAAGUUGAGAUCCAACAGCAACGUCAAGCUUUCAGAGGCAGUAGAUACAGCCUCGAGUUCUAAGGCAGUACAACAGGAAGACGAUUCUGCAGGACGGGUUGUUUAUGAGAAGGCGAAAGAAGAGUGGGCUUCAUUCCUGGCGCGGCUCUCCAAAGCGGAGCUCUGGCGGGGCAAUCUGACGGCUGAGGUUGAGAAGCUCAUGGGCAUCAACGAGGAUCUUGCGGCCCAGAUCUCGCGGCUGCGCGAGCAACUAGAGGCGGCGCAGAAAGCGGGGAACUCGCGGCAGACCGAGAAGGCCGCCAACACGCGCUUCGCGGAGGCGCUCCUGAAGAAGCGCGAGCGGCGCGCGCAGGAGGAGCUGGAGGCCGCAGUCGCGCGCGCGGGUGCGCUGGAGCGCGCGCUUGCCGACGCGCGGCGGCUGCUCGCGGAGCGCACGCGCGAGACGGCGUCCGAAAUGGUGGUUCCGGACGCGGGCGGGGUUUGGACAAACCGCGCGAGCAUGGGCGCGGGGAGCGGGAAGGCCUGGGUGGAAGAUGCGCCCAUACAGGUCGAUUUAGUGAAUGAGGACGGAAGCUCCGGCGGAAAGGCCGUCUGGGAAGCGGAGCGGAAGUCUUUACUAGACCAAUUGGCCACCCUCGCGGCGGAACUCCGGAAACCUAAGCCUCCGGAACCGGCGCCGGAACGCUCGGGUAAGGGGCCUUUGGAGACAGGCACAUCGGCCGCACAAACGGAUGACCAUCGGGUAUCUGUGGCGGACGACGGAACCUCACCGGAAGCGGACGGAGUCGCGAGCAGUCCGGCGGAACGGGUUGCGGCCACAGUAGCGGAAACGCAAGCCCUCAGAGUGGAGGUGGAGCGUCUUGCUAGCGAGAAGGAAGCGGCCGCGAGCGCACUGGAAGUGCAGCGCGCGGAGAAAGAAGAGCUAGAGGCACGGGUAGCGGCGCUAACGUCAGAGUUGCAGCGCGCGCUCGAGGCGCGCGAUGCGGGCGAUGAAGCCGCGGCAAGCGCGCUCGCAGCCGCGCGCGCGGAAAUCGAAGCGCUUUCGGCAAAGGAGCAGUCGCUGGCGAUCGCGGCCGAAAACCUGGAGGAAGAAAAGCGCGCGCUGGGCGCGACUCUCGCGGCCGCGCAGGGCGACAUUGCGAGCGCUGUCGAGCAGGCGACGGUUGCCAAGAAGGAGAAGGAAAGAACGGCGAGCGCGCUCGAGAGUUUGCGCGAGGAGAAGAGCGCGCUCGAAGCGGAAGUGGUGUCGAUCGAGGCGGAACUGUGCGCGUUUCUGCCGGACACGGGAGAGGGGACGGUGCGCGACAGAACUGGUUCCGUGGAAAGGGCGCGGGCGGCAGCGGAAUCUGUCAGAGCGGAAAUGGAAGCCACAAAGGUGGAGGUCUCCAAAAUGCGCGAGCAGCUGCAAGCGGAAGCGGAGCAGCGGCGAGCGGAACAAGAGGAGCGGAGAGCGGAACAGACGGACCUGGAGGAGCGGAAGGCGCAGAUCGAGGAGCAGAAGGCGGAACUGGAGGAGCGGAAAGCGGAACUAGAGCAGGCGAAGGCACAGGCGCUCGAAGCGCAACAGGCGGCCGCGGAGGCGCAGGAGGAGUUGGGCCACGCGCGCGCGAGCGAGCAGAAGAAGUCGCUGAUGAAUCUGUGGACGCAGACCGUACCCAAAACGGGGGGCACCGUCAUCACUGUAAAGUACACCCCCCGGACGUUGAAGGUCCUCAUCUCGCAGGUCUACUGCGACAAGAUUGCUGCGGACAUUGCGGACGACCAGGAGCCCGGCGGACAGCGGCAGGACAUGAAGGAGUUCGUGUACGACUUCUUCCUCUUCAAGUUCGGCCUGCGCGCCUUUGCAGAGCUGCACCUUCUGAGUGUAUUGAAAGCCUUGGAGGAGUAUGCUAGCUCUAGCCAACGCAUGCUGCUUUUCGGAGCCUUCAUUGGGCAUGCAAACGUGGCGCCCCCGCUGCCCCCAGAGGCUCUCGACUUCUUUCUGAUGUACCUUUCGCGGCUGUUUGGAGAAACGGACGGUCCGCAACCGACGGAAUUUGAGGAGGGGCGGAGCGACGUGGCACUGCCGGCGGCCGCCAGCGUCACCGCCUUCUGCUUUGGACCGGACACGCCUGGCUCCGUAACGGACGGCCUGCUCGCGCGCGUUCGCGCGCUCUGUGCGCGCGCACAGGAGCCGGCCAUCGACGUCGACGUGCUUAUGGGCCUGGUGAUGGAGACGUGGGGGCAAGAGCAAAAGGAGUCGGUACAGCGGAUUGGAGAUCUCUUCCGGGAAGCGGACGAGAACGGCGACGGUGUGCUGAGCUACCCCGAGUUCAGCGGAAUCGUCCGGCGGAUCGACGGAACGGUGACGGAACGCGCCAUCAAGAACAUGUUCCGGGAAGCCCUUCUCGACUCCAACUCCGGCAGCCGGAUCCUGCCGGCGUCAUUCGAGAAGGUGGCACGUGCCCACGGGCUCGCCUGCAGCCGCCACGUGUCCUCCGGGGGACACGUGGCGAUCGGGAAGGAGUGCAGGCACGAUGACCUGGCGUUGCUGAGGGACAGCUGGGAGACCGUCGCUCCGCUGAUUCACGAGCAGGUGGGCACUUUGAAGAAGCAGAGCAACCUGAGCAGCGAGCUCAAGGACCUGGAAAGCCAAGUGGACGGCCUCCAGUCCAUGCUGCGCCAGGGCGGCCGCGACACAGGGCAAGGCGGCCGCGACGCGGCGCCGCAGGUGUGGCAGCUGUACCGGAGGAUCAUCCUCGGGUUUCAGAUCCAGAACCAGCGGGUGGAGCUGCGUAACCGGGAGGAGAAGCGGGUGCAACUGGGGGCGUCGGCUUUCCAAACGCUUUUCCGGGGGGUGGAGGGUGGAGGAGAAGAAGGGGAGGGAUGCAAAACGGGUGUUGUUUACUUGCACAAUAAGAGAGACCUAUCAGAUUCACACGUAGUCUUUGCACUUAGUUCCGGCCAAGCGGGCGGGUCAGGUGCUGCAAAGGCCAGCGAUGCGAAGGUGAACGAAGGAAAUCUGUGCGUAGAAAGGGCUGUCAACGGCAGCGGUCGCAAGUAGGCGACUUUGAUUAGCAUGAGAAGGCUGAGUCAAAAACGUAGGUCAAGAGAGCUGCGUACGUCAAAGUAAGUAUUUGAAGUGGGUUGGGUCUCGUGAAAUCCAGGUGAAGAACCACGUGAAUGUGGGUUGACUUAGAUUUGUAGAUUUCGUGCUAAGUAGUCUCUCCAAAUAUUUCUUUUCGAAAUACCUAGAAAUUAUCGCUGCUGUGAAGCAGAUUGAGGUUGAGGCUUGGUUACGAGCAACAGGACGCAGCUUGUGAGCCUAACGCGAUACAUUUGAUUGGGAUCUAAGUUGAAGCCUGGACCGAGAAGUGUCGUGUGAUGUUCAAAGAGCUAGGCGUUCCAUCCUUGACGAAAAGUCUUUGCAGGGUACGCGUUACAGGAUACUACAGUGGCUCAUAAUCGUAAGAUCGACCUCGC